GAAAAUUGAGAUUGAAUCAAGUUAAGCUGAUUUUUUUUUUAAUUUUUAAUUUUAUAACUUGUCGUGUUUGUCCGUGAAAGUCAUAAAACUUUCUCUGCUUCUUCGUUCUUCGUUCUUCUUUACUCUUUAGUUCUUUCUUGGUUCUUCUCUUUCGCCAAAUACAAAGUCCACAUUCAAUUCAACAAUCAAUACCUUUGAACAAAUCCACUAACCAACCAUUUCAACCUUUUCUCUCUCUACAAUCAAAAACCCUCUCUCUCUCUCUCUGUUCACACACUCUCUCUUUCAAUGUCGCAGUUCACAGCACCAUGUUGCUAGGGCUGCAUCAAACAUGGUCUUCAAAGGAAGGUUCUUCUCCUCUUCCAAGAAAUCCGAUUCUUCUAGCCCUGAUGCUUCUUCCAAUAGUCCUCGAUCAUUCACCUCCAAUUCCCCUUCCAGAUCCGACAAGAAAAAGCCCAAAUCCGCUGCCAAUCCAUCCCUAGCCGCCGCCACCGGUGGCGGCGGAGGAUUCGGCGCCGCCGCCGCCGCGUGCCGCCAGACGCAGGUGAAGGACGGAACCAGGAAGAAGGAUGCUGUCGUCAAGGGCAAAGAGACCCAAACUCCACCGCCGGAGUCUCGUUACGGCAACAAGGACUCACCGUCGAAGAAGUUGACGGCGGCGGCGGCGGCUGAGGGAAAGGAAUCGCCGUCGUCGUCGUCGUCUUCGGUUUCGCCGAUUCUGGCAUCGUCGCUUGGGCUGAACAGGAUAAAGACGAGAUCGGGGCCGUUGCCGCAGGAGAGCUUCUUCGGGUUUAGGGGAGAUAAGGCGACGGCGAUGACGGCGGCGCUCGGUGGCAGUAACCUCUCCAAAGGUGGUAGCCGUGGUGGUGAUGGGAAGAAGAAGGAGCUGGUGAACCAGAACAGAGUAGGGUUUCACGAGGGUUUAGGCGCUGGGACCGGAGCUUGGGUUGAUAAUGGGAGCAAUUCGGAUAGCAUGUCGACGGGGAGUGGGCCGUCCAGGGAACAGAGUCCGAUUGUGUUGGCUAAGUCGCGGCUACAGAACGGAGAAUCAUCCUCCGAAGCAGGGAAGCAGGCAUCAUCAUGGGCUCAGAAUGGAGGCUUAAGAAGUGCAGAUGUUUGCACUCCAGAGACAGCAUAUGAUUUUGAAAACCCAAAGGAGUCUGAAUCUCCUCGUUUUCAAGCUAUAUUACGUGUCACGAGUGCACCCAGAAAGAGGUUUCCAGCAGACAUCAAGAGUUUUUCCCAUGAGUUGAAUUCCCGGCCUUUUCCAUUUUUUAAGCGUCGAGGGUUAAAUAACCUUGAGGAUAUCUUGGUUGUUAUUAGGGCAAAAUUUCAUAAAGAAAAGGAAGAGGUGAACUCUGAUCUGGCUAUUUUUGCUGCAGACCUGGUUGGAAUUCUUGAAAAAAAUGCAGAUACUCAUCCUGAAUGGCAAGAGAAAAUUGAAGACUUGCUAGUUUUGGCUAAGAGUUGUGCUAUGACUUCACCUGGGGAGUUUUGGCUUCAGUGUGAAGGCAUAGUUCAGGAGUUGGAUGAUAAGCGUCAAGAGCUUCCUCCGGGAACGCUAAAGCAGCUUCACACUCGAAUGCUUUUCAUUCUCACAAGGUGUACCAGAUUGUUGCAAUUCCACAAGGAAAGUGGUUUGGCAGAUGAACAUGUUUUCAAUAUCCGUGAAUCCAUGCAUUCUGUGGAAAAAUGUAUUCCUCCUGGUGUGGGAAGGGAUACUAAAAGUUCUAGUGCCGCAAAGGCCUCAAAGGCUUCGAUGAAAAAAGCUUUUAGUCAGGAGCAGAGUACCUUGGGUUGGAAGAAAGAUGUUAUGCAACCAGAAAAUGUAUUGCUUCCUGUUGAUGAUGAUACUUCAAAACACUUUGAGUCUCCUUCAGGCAGGGAUCGGAUGGCUUCCUGGAAGAAAUUCCCAUCUCGAUCAGGAAAAAGCCCAAAAGAAACAUCUCAGUUGAAGGACCAAAAUUAUGGGAGGGUUGAACCUUCAAAGACAUCAAAUAAUAAGAGAUUCACUUCUGAUGUGGAUCUUUCUGCUGCUAAACCGUCGGAGCUUCUUCCUAACAAAGAUUCACAUGACCAUGCUUCAAAGCACCAACACAAAGUUUCUUGGGGCUACUGGGAUAAUCAGCAGAAUAAUAGUGAGGAGAGUUCGAUAAUUUGUCGUAUAUGUGAAGAGGAAGUACCUACUUCACAUGUUGAAGAGCAUUCAAGAAUUUGUGCAAUUGCUGAUAGAUGUGACCAGAAGGGUCUGAGGGUAAAUGAUCGUCUUUUCAGAAUUGCUGACACACUUGAAAAGAUAUGUACGCAGAAGGAUACCCAACAAAUAGUGGGAAGUCCUGAUGUUGCAAAAGUGUCAAAUUCGAGUAUGACCGAAGAAUCUGAUGUUCUUUCCCCUAAACUUAGUGAUUGGUCUCGCAGAGGCUCAGAGGAUAUGCUAGACUGUUUCCCUGAAACUGAUAAUUCCGUUGUUAUGGAUGACCUAAAGGGAUUACCACUUAUAUCAUGUAAAACUCGUUUUGGUCCAAAGUCUGACCAAGGUAUGACAACAUCAUCUGCAGGGAGCAUGACUCCUAGGUCUCCUUUAAUGACACCAAGGACAAGUCAGAUUGACUUGCUCUUGGCGGGGAAGGGUGCUUAUUCCGAACAUGAUGAUCUGCCACAGAUGAAUGAACUUGCUGAUAUAGCACGAUGUGUGGCAAACGCACCUCUGGAUGAUGAUCGCACAACAUCGUAUUUAUUAUCUUGUCUUGAUGACUUGCGGAUUGUUGUAGAACGAAGGAAAUUUGAUGCCCUUACUGUGGAGACCUUUGGAACCCGCAUUGAGAAGCUGAUCCGGGAGAAGUAUCUGCAGCUUACUGAAAUGGUGGAUGUCGAUAAGAUAGAAAUAGGGGGCACUUUAAUUGAUGAUGAUGUUCUCUUGGAAGAUGAUGUGGUUCGUAGCUUGAGAACAAGCCCAGUCCAUUCUUCAAGGGAUCGUACCUCUAUUGAUGACUUUGAGAUUAUAAAACCUAUCAGUCGUGGGGCAUUUGGACGGGUUUUCUUGGCAAAAAAGAGAACGACAGGUGAUCUUUUUGCAAUAAAGGUUCUCAAGAAGGCAGAUAUGAUCCGGAAGAAUGCUGUGGAAAGUAUAUUAGCAGAACGUGAUAUCUUAAUUACAGUGCGCAAUCCUUUUGUGGUUCGAUUCUUCUAUUCUUUUACAUGUCGUGAGAACUUAUAUCUUGUCAUGGAGUAUCUGAAUGGAGGUGACCUCUAUUCAUUAUUAAGGAAUUUAGGGUGCCUAGAUGAGGAAGUUGCCCGUGUAUAUAUUGCUGAAGUGGUUCUUGCAUUAGAGUAUUUGCAUUCGCUGCGUGUGGUUCAUCGUGACUUGAAGCCCGACAAUUUAUUGAUUGCACAUGAUGGUCACAUCAAGUUGACAGACUUUGGGCUUUCAAAAGUUGGUCUCAUCAACAGCACUGAUGAUUUGUCUGGUCCAGCAGUGAGUGGGACAUCCCUACUCGGGGAGGAUGAACCUGACAUAAUUACAUCUGAGGAUCAAAGGGAACGGAGGAAGAAACGUUCGGCUGUGGGUACGCCUGAUUACUUAGCACCAGAGAUACUUUUGGGAACUGGACAUGGGUAUACCGCAGAUUGGUGGUCUGUUGGAGUCAUUUUAUUUGAGUUGCUUGUUGGUAUUCCACCCUUCAAUGCAGAGCAUCCUCAGACUAUAUUUGAUAAUAUUCUUAAUCGUAAGAUACCUUGGCCCACAGUUCCUGAAGAAAUGAGUCCUGAAGCACAGGAUCUUAUUGAUCGAUUAUUGACUGAAGAUCCUAAUCAAAGACUGGGAGCCAGAGGGGCAUCAGAGGUUAAGCAACAUGUUUUCUUCAAGGAUAUAAACUGGGACACACUUGCCAGGCAGAAAGCUGCAUUUGUUCCUGCUUCUGAGAGUGCUCUAGAUACCAGUUACUUCACUAGUCGCUACUCAUGGAAUACUUCCGAUGGCUUUGCAUAUCCAGCAAGUGAUGUUGAGGAUUAUAGUGAUGCUGAUAGCUUAAGUGGCAGCAGUAGUUGCUUGAGCAAUCGCCAAGAUGAAGGAGAUGAAUGUGGGGGUCUUGCUGAGUUUGAUUCUGGCUUAUCUGUCAAUUACUCUUUUAGUAAUUUCUCCUUUAAGAAUCUAUCCCAACUUGCAUCAAUAAAUUACGAUCUCACCAAGGGAUGGAAAGAUGAUCCACAACAAAUUCCGGUGCAUAGCUGUCUCAUCCUUUGUCAUAUAGUCCAGAAUUUGGUUUUCGACCUAUGAUCCAGGCAAUUUUGGGGGCAUAAGCACCUUCGUUGUUUGUAUACCUU